AAAUAGACACUGAAUAACGCCUCGGAUGAAGAAUUCGAGGUUCAAUGUAGAACUAAAAUUUCUACUCGGGUACUGUUUUCAAUGGAGAAGUGAACUUUACGAAUGCACGAAGUGAACUGAAACGCAUGAAAUUCUUGCGUUAAAGAAAAGGUGAACUACGCAUGCGUGGGUUUCGAUCAAGAUAUUAUUUUACGAAUUUUUUCUCGGGAAAGUCCACAGAUGUUGAAUUCCCUUCAACGUAAUAUUGAUCGCGUAAUCAUUGUCUCCCUCUCGGGGUAGGGGUCCUGCGAGUAUCUAUCACGCUAUGUGCUACCUCCUACUCCGUUUAUACAUACUUACAUAAUUUCCGUUGGCGAAAAAUUGACACAAUUGUAUAUAAUGUUACAUGAAUAUAUAAUACGCAAUUGUUUCUUUGAGAGAUAGAGUUUCAAACAUUGUCACAGAAUGUUUUAUAGUCCACCGAAACUCCAUAAACUGAGGAUAGUUUGUAAAAUGAAGAUCUCUGUCAAGGAACGAUAUUUUAGCUUCAAUCGAAUUACACUACUCAUUGUUGGCUUAUGGCCUUAUCAACAAUCAGGGCUUGCUCGAUUUCCGACAACACUCUGUCUUAGUAUUUUGAUAAGCUUUGUCGCAUUAAUGCUUUCAAGACUUUGUUUUGUAGAAUACUCCUUUGAAUUUACUAUUAAUUUGCUUUGUGCGUCAACAUAUUUUACUUUUUUCGUGAUUAAGUAUAUCUCCUUUUGGCUUAACAAAGAAGCUAUAAGAUAUCUCUUGGAGCAAUUUCAAUACAUCUACAAUGGGCUAAAUGAUGAGAACGAAAUUGCUAUCUAUGAAAAAUACGGAAACAUUGGAAAACGAAUAACGAUUGGCCUUAUAAUAGUUGCAGUAUGCAAUCAGUCUGUUCUUAUUGCAAUACAAUGUUGGCCGUACAUUUUUGAUGUAAUUCUGCCCAAAAACGGGACCUAUGCGGGCCGCUUGUUAGCAGUUGUGAGCAAAUACUUCGCGGUACAAGAAAAAUAUUCUUAUUUACUUCUUCUGCAUCUAAACAUCACUAGUACUGUAGGAUCACUUGUAUUCUUAGCAAUAGGAGCAAUGCUGUUAUCAUAUGAGAAACAUAUCUGUGGAAUACUCAGAAUUGCUAGCUACCGUUUUGAACAAGCGAUAAUGACUACAACGUUGCAAAGUAUUACCUUAAAAAAUAAAACUACUAUUUACAAGGAGUUAAUCUGUGCCAUAGACAUUCAUCGCAAAGCUACAGAGUUUGCCAAAUUCCUUGUGAGUAGCAUGGAUCGAUCACUUUUCGUUGUAAUAAUGGUUACUGUGCUUUGCGUGAGUUUCAAUCUUUAUGGAAUAUUUCACAUUGAAUCAGAUAAGCAAGAAAUAGAAGAAACAUUGGUACAUCUUAUUCUUGUAUGUUUCGUUUUUGCAUACAUGUUCUUAGCCAACUAUGCCGGACAGGAAAUUAUGGAUUAUAAUAAUUGUGUAUUUCUUACCGUGUACAAUGCUCCAUGGUACCUAGCCCCAUUACAGAUACAGAAGUUGAUCUUGAUUGUAUUACAAAGAAGUAACAAGGCUUUCACGUUGAGUAUCGGUGGAUUAUUCAUAAUAUCUUUAGAAUGCUUUGCUUCGCUAGCAAGUACAUCAAUAUCUUACUUCACUCUCAUGCUAUCUUUCUAAUAAUUACAAAAAUAUAACAUCCAAUAAUAUCAUAUAUUAGAAUAGAUAGAUAUAAAACUGAGUGAAAAUAUCGACGUUUUCUUCUACUAACUUAAACAGCUGAAAAGUUAAUAAUAAUACGUUGAUAAUAUUUUUCUUUCAAAAACGUACUGUUAUGUAUAAAGUAAGCGAAAACAAACGUUAGUUGACUCAUAGAUACAAUCAGUUAUGCUAACAAAAUCAGGCCUGAAGUAUUUCUCAUAUUUCAACGUAUCGACUGUACCAUUCGAAGAAAGUUUGUUGAUUUUAAUAUGUCAAUCGCAUUGUUGAAAUAUGUAUGACAAAUUUAGUAUUAUAAUAAAAUAAUCAAUAAUAAAAAUUUCAUUAGUUUUUACGUAUGCAGUUCAUACAACUCAAUUCAUUUCAUCUAAGAAAGGAUGUAAUGAUUAAUAACUGAAAUAUUAUAAUAUUUUAAAUAUUAAGUAUGUUAAUAAGUUAUUUAAAUAAGUAAGUAAGUUAUAUAUUAAAUUCAGUAAUGAUGCGUACAAAGAUAUUAUUAAACUAAGAAAGAAGUAUGUUAUUAAAACACUAUUUAUUUUGACAUUGUUUACUCUAUAUAAUUAAGAUGCAAAAACGUAGGAAUUACUAGCAUAACAUAUUAAGAUGAUUAAGAACAAUAAAUUUAGAUUCUUCUGUAUUAAAUGUCGGAUGUACUUAAGAGAAGUGAUAUCUGCCGAAAAUUUCGGUAAAUAUUCAGUUUAAGAUGGCAGCUCCAAUGACUUUUACUUUCACAUAUGUCGUGAAAGUGUUAAAGUCAUCUUACAGAGUAUAAAAAGUUUCAGCCGUCGCUCGUUCUCUAUUAAAAAGUUAGUAACAAAAGAAUUGUAAUAAAUAAAACGUUAUUUUCUAAUUAUUA